AUGCCAGAACCAACGAGAAAUGAGGAGACCCCGCAGACCAACCUGCCCAAGGGCGUUGUACUAGACAAGGACGGUAAACCAUGCCGCACCUGCACCUCCGCUGCCUCAUGGCGCGCCCUCUCCAAACAAGCUGCGCAAUCCAAUUCCGAUUCCAAAGACAAACUCCAAUCCUCCACCUCUCCAUCAUCAUUCCCCCUCCCCAAAUCCAUCUCCUCCGCCGCAUCAACCAGCACUCCCUCAUCCUCCCCAUCCUCGGCCACCGACAACCAGUGUCCACCGGACGUCGAAGCCCUCGGCCGCUCAACCUGGACCCUCCUCCACUCCCUCGCAGCCGCCUACCCCACGCACGCCACCCUCGAGAAACAAGACGAAAUGCGCACGUUCCUGACCGUCUUCUCGAAGCUUUACCCGUGCUGGGUAUGCGCGGAUGAUUUCCGGAAUUGGAUGGCGGAGCCUAGUGGGAGGAAUCGGCCAAAAUUGGGGGGGAGAGCAGAUUUUGGGUGGUGGAUGUGUGAGGCGCAUAAUGAGGUGAAUCGGAAGUUGGGGAAGAAGGAGUUCGAUUGCCGGUUUUGGGAGGAGAGGUGGAGGACGGGGUGGAAGGAUGGGAGGUGUGAUUGA